GAAAAGUUGGUUAGUUAGAUGUAAUGACUUCAAGGGGAUGUUUGAAAAUUGGGAGAUUUCUUGAAUAAACAUCGUCGGCAGUUGCUGGUAUCAGUGAACGCUGUUACAAAUAAUGGAGAUUUUUUGUGUCACCAGUACGGAUGACAAAUGUCAUUAAUACUGGUCAAUGAUCUUUCUCCGCUUACAACAUGGUAGCCUGUCGAUUUACCGAUACGAGGAAUGGAGCAAACGCCACAGAUAGUCAAGUGCCUUUGAAAAAGACCGCCGAGUCCGAACAGUACCGUGAUUACGAGAGUGUUUUUAUAAUUCCUGGGACAAGCGUUGACGCAAACCGAGGAAAAAAGGUGAUGAACCACGAGGCGGAUGCUCGAGAUGAAGCCGACACCAACACCACCACAACCACAGCCAAUGAAAAUGCGCCAACCACAGUUCGCACAUGUACACAUUAG